GUGACCCGCAAGGACGCGGAGCUGGUAGGCGGGGGCCGGGUCGGGCCGGUGCUCCGCCGCUGUCUGUGACACCCGGGGCGGGUGGGCAGACUCGGCCCCUGAAGAGCCCACCAUGGUGCGCGCGGGCGCCGUGGGGACGCAUCUCCCGGCGUCCGGCUUGGACAUCUUUGGGGACCUGAGGAAGAUGAACAAGCGCCAGCUCUAUUACCAGGUUUUAAACUUUGCCAUGAUCGUGUCUUCUGCGCUUAUGAUCUGGAAAGGCUUGAUCGUCCUCACUGGCAGCGAGAGCCCGAUCGUGGUGGUGCUGAGUGGCAGUAUGGAGCCAGCCUUUCACAGAGGUGACCUUCUGUUCCUGACAAACUUUCGGGAAGACCCUAUUAGAGCGGGUGAAAUCGUGGUCUUUAAAGUCGAAGGACGAGACAUUCCAAUAGUUCACAGAGUGAUCAAAGUUCAUGAAAAAGAUAAUGGAGACAUCAAAUUUCUGACUAAAGGAGACAAUAAUGAAGUUGACGACAGAGGCUUGUACAAAGAGGGCCAGAACUGGCUUGAGAAGAAGGAUGUGGUGGGAAGGGCCAGAGGAUGUCCUGGGGACAGGCUUCGUAUAAAGGAGAGCUUGGAGCUGCUGAUUUACAUAGGACUGGUUGCCUUACCUGGAGCUGCUGAUUUACAUAGGACUGGUUUCCCCUUGGUGAGGUUUUUACCAUAUGUUGGUAUGGUCACCAUAAUAAUGAAUGACUACCCAAAAUUCAAGUAUGCUCUUUUGGCUGUAAUGGGUGCAUAUGUGUUACUAAAACGUGAAUCCUAAAAUGAGAAGAAGUUCCUGGGACCAGAUCGAAAUGAAUUCUGUUGAAAAAGAGAAAACCUAAUAUAUUUGAAAUGUUCCACUUUCUGUAUAAAAGGAAACAAUGUGGAGACGUUUUUGUCUUGUCCAAAUAAAUGAUUCAUCAGUGAA